UGCAUGGGCUACCUGUGCUCAAGUGUAAGAUUACGGUAUUUACGUGAUGUCCCUACACGGGACCGGGUACUAUAAAACACUUUAACUGUUAACAGCAAAAGCUAAACCAUGGACAGUCAUAAUAAACAAGGUCACAUAGCAUCACCGGCGACAGACUCUGAAGUUGAUGAAAUCAUGUCAAAUGAAGUGUACAGUGUAGCUAGUGUGAGAACCCGCUCUCGGGCAGGCUCCAGUCGUUCUCUGAGCGCAGUUGGUUCGGCCAUUUUUUCUACAAGAUGGACAAUAAGACGAGUUUUCAUUUUUCUCCUACUGUCGCUCGUUUACUUUCUUACGUACGCUUGUCUCUCACUGAUGUCUGCGUUUUUCACAAUAGAGGCUCAAAAGAAGGGUGUGAAUAACACUGUUAUUGGAUUCAUUUUUGGCAUGUAUCCCCUGAUGGCAUUUUUCUCCGCCUUAAUGUAUGGGGCAUGGCUGAUGCCUCAGUGGGGUCCAAACUUUGUUCUUCUAACUGGUCUUGUCUUGAAUGGAGGAGCACACUUUCUAUUUGCAUAUGUAGAGAAUCUUCCCUCUGGAGCUGUCUACAUCCUAUUCUGUUUCCUCAUACGUACAGUCAGUGCAUUCGGGGGAUCUGCUUGUGAGAAUGCUGUGCUAGCCAUCCUCAUUGGAGAAUUCCCUGAAAAUGUAUCUGCAAUUGUGAGUGCAUUGGAGAUAUUUGCUGGGAUUUCCUUUGCUCUUGGUCCUGUUGCUGGAGGUGGUCUCUACACGGUAGGGGGCUUCAAACUACCAUUUCUUGUGAUGGGUGCAGCACUCUUUGUAUCUAUUCCUACCAUGUGGAUACUUCUUCCUAAAAUCCCAGGGGUUGCGGAGUCAAGAGAUGGCAAGCUACCAGUCACCAAUAUUCUGUUUAUUCCUGGAGUAAUAUUAGUAGCAAUACAGUUGACUAUAGGCACCAGUCUCUUCGCAUUUUUAGACCCAACACUGGCUCCAUUUGCGGAAAAGCUCGGCCUGAAUGCGGCGUACAUUGGUCUUCUAUUUAUGGUGAUAUCUCUUUCGUACGCUCUCUCCACGGUUGUGGUGGGCUGGAUCUGUGAGAAGACGAAAGCGUUCCGAACGUGUCUAGUAAUGUCCUUUGUGCUGAUUGGUAUCGGUCUGUUAUUCCUCGGUCCUGCACCAUUCCUCGAUCCCUACAUACCGCAAAAACAAAUAUGGUUGAUAUGCAUCAGUCUGGCGCUAAAUGGCAUCGGAGGCUCGCUCUUCUUCAUCCCGUGUGUACCUGAGAUGCAGCGCUGCUGUUUAGAUCGGAGCUUCACGAGUGACCUGGCUUUGAACUCCAUGUUGUCUGGUAUUUUCACGGGCGCGUCGAAUUUUGGCGGGUUUGCGGGUCCUGUGCUUGGUGGAGCACUUGUGGAAAAGCUAGGAUUUCCAUGGAUGGCCACGGUGAUGUCAUUUUUGUCCCUGUUUCUUGUGGUACUGACGGUCGUAUGGAACCUGUGUUCAAGUUUAAGCGCCAGUCAUGCAAACGUCACUAGCGAGGAGAAGAAACCGCUACUCGGCGCUGCCAAUAGAACGACGAACAAAAUAUGAGGACAAAGUCACUCAACCAGCCUAAUCAUCGUCGACGAAGAUAGACAACACCACCCGGAUUCAUGGGGAACAUAAAUAAUGUGGGCAAGACACGUGUAUUCGUUCCUGGACGGCACCUGUCAAGGGCGGAUCCAGGAUUUUAAAAUGGGGGGUGGAUAAUGGCCAGAUAAACGGCUUUCUAUAUAACUGAUCCAGUGGUUCUUGGAAGGUCACAUAGUUCUAACAAUACUUCAAGCUGUAUUGGAUUUGUCGCAUCAGCAAAGUAAAGCAAGCCAAAGUACAUGGACAGUACCUCCCGUCCCUCAGACAUUUAUUUUCAACAAACAAAAAAAUACUUUUCUUUUUGUUUUACUCAAAAACGGGGGGUGGAUAUCCGCCCCUGCUUGUUCGCCUAGAUUAAUGAAACCUUGUGUUAGAAACGCACCCUCGUUAUUAAAACAUCCACUCCUGUAAA